CCUUCCCACCUCUUCCCCCCUUUCUCUCUCUCUCUCUCUCUACCCGCGCCAUUGCAAAAUCUCUCUCCACUGAAAGUUCGCAGCCACUCCAGUUUUUCUCUCUGGACUCUGCAGGGCACACCUCUCUCCAUUCUCGCGUCCUCUGUUCUCUUCUUCAUCACCUUCACCUCCUCUCGAUACUGCACCGACCGUCAAUUCGAUCCGCACUCUCUCUCUGUCUCUCUCUCUCUUUUCCUCCGAUGCAUCGGUUGCAGAGUCAACUCUCGCCUCGCUAGCCGUCCUUCUGGGCUUCCGGUUCGGCGAUUCUCUCUUCCUUCUCCGGAACGUCGCUCCGGUUCGAUUUCCCGGACCUUCCCCGCUCCUCCGGAAUCCUCCUGGACGGCUUGAUUCCUCGCUCCGGUUCGGAUCCGCUCGCGGAAAAUCUUCCCCGUUACCCGCCCGUUUUGAGGUUUUUAGGGUUUUCGAGAGGGAAAUGAGGGAUGUUCUCGUGGCUGGGAAGGAUAGCGUCUGCUUGCUGGAGACCGGUCAGUCGAUAUGUCCGUAUGAACAAGGAUGAUUGCGGCGGCGAUGACGAGAAGGCCGACCCCACGCUCCAAGACUCUUUGCUUUGGUGCAAGGACCUGGAGAAGCACUCCUGCGGAGAGUUCUCCUUCGCGGUUGUCCAGGCCAAUGAAGUGCUCGAAGACCAAAGCCAGGUGGAGACUGGCCGCCACGCCACUUUUGUGGGAGUCUACGAUGGGCAUGGUGGCCCCGACGCUUCACGGUUCAUCUGUGAUCAUCUCUUCCUCCACCUGAUGAGACUUGCUCGUGAACGUGGAUCCAUGUCUGAAGAUUUGAUUAGAAGUGCUUUCUCUGCCACUGAAGAAGGAUUCCUUACUCUAGUGCGCAGGACAUGUGGAAUAAAACCUUUAAUUGCAGCAACUGGGUCUUGCUGUCUUGUUGGAGUCAUAUGGCAGGGGACGUUAUAUGUUGCUAAUGUCGGUGAUUCUCGUGCAGUAGUAGGUUCCUUAGGUAGGUCAAAUAAGAUAGUGGCCGAGCAAUUGACUAGAGACCAUAAUGCUAGUAUGGAGGAAGUUAGACAAGAACUCAGAUCCUUGCAUCCAGAUGAUUCACACAUUGUAGUCAUGAAGCAUGGGGUAUGGCGUAUCAAAGGCAUUAUUCAGGUAUCCAGAUCUAUAGGAGAUGCGUACUUGAAGAGGCCCGAGUUCUCUCUUGAUCCUUCAUUUCCACGGUUUCACCUUGCUGAGCCCCUUCGUAGGCCCGUGCUUACAGCAGAACCGACCUUAUGUUUGAGAACUCUAAGACCUAGUGACAAAUUUCUCAUAUUUGCAUCUGAUGGUCUCUGGGAACACCUUUCCAAUCAGGAAGCUGUUGAGAUUGUGCAUAAUAACCCUAGAGCAGGAAUUGCUCGAAGACUUUUAAAAGCCGCUUUAAAUGAAGCAGCCAGGAAGAGGGAGAUGAGAUAUGCUGAUCUUAAGAAGGUCGAAAAGGGAAUCAGACGCUUUUUUCACGAUGACAUUACUGUUGUUGUCAUCUUCCUGGAUCAUGAGAUGCUAGGGCAAAAGGUAUCAGUUCCAGAGCUGUCAGUCAGGGGCUUUCUCGACACUGUCGGACCAUCAAAUUUCAAUAUCCUCCAAGGGAUUGAUGCAAAUGCGAGGUCCAUUAUCUGAAGGUUUUAUAAGUUAACUUGCAUGGUCAAGCUGGUUGAAGGCAUGUUCUUCAUUUUGAAUAAAUCCCAUGUUUUUUCAACAAUGAGAUCUCUCUGUCUGUUUUACUCUUCCUUUCAAGCUUAUUUGAGAUGGAUUCGGUCACUAUGCAUGUAUGGGAUUAUGUUGAUACUUGUGAGCAAGCUACUUCUAAGUCCACUCUCAUAAAUUGAUCUUUACAUAACUGAAGUUCUUCAGUCUACAUUGUUUUAAA